CUGGCCCUGUGGCCCCCAUGCCUGCCCCACAGCCACUCCUGCCUCUGCUCUUUGUCUUCGGGCUCAUCCAUCUGACCUCGGAGACCAACCCGCUGCCAGAGCCUGGAAGCCACCCUGGCAUGUGCCCCAACCAGCUCAGCCCCCACCUGUGGGUGGACGCCCAGAGCACCUGUGAGCGUGAGUGCACCAGGGACCAGGACUGUGCGGCCUCUGAGAAGUGCUGCACCAAUGUGUGUGGGCUGCAGAGCUGCGUGGCGGCCCGCUUCCCCAGUGGUGGCCCAGCUGUACCUGAGCCAGCAGCCUCCUGUGAAGGCUUCCAAUGCACACAACAGGGUUCUGACUGUGACAUCUGGGAUGGGCAGCCAGUUUGCCGCUGCCGUGACCGCUGUGAGAAAGAACCCAGCUUCACUUGCGCUUCCGAUGGCCUCACCUAUUACAACCGCUGCUAUAUGGAUGCAGAGGCCUGCCUGCGGGGUCUCCACCUGCAUGUGGUGCCCUGCAAACACAUUCUCAGCUGGCCACCCAGUAGCCCAGGACCACCUGAGACCACUGCUCGGCCAACCCCUGGGGCUGCUCCCAUGCCACCUGCCCUGUAUAACAGCCCCUCACCACAGGCAGUACAUGUAGGGGGAACAGCCAGCCUCCACUGUGAUGUUAGUGGCCGUCCACCGCCUGCUGUGACCUGGGAGAAACAAAGCCAUCAGCGGGAGAACCUGAUCAUGCGCCCUGACCAGAUGUAUGGCAAUGUGGUUGUCACCAGUAUUGGACAGCUAGUGCUGUACAAUGCCCAGUUGGAGGAUGCAGGCCUAUAUACAUGCACUGCACGCAAUGCUGCUGGCCUGCUGCGGGCUGACUUCCCCCUCUCUGUUUUACAGCGGGUAAAUACUCAGGAUAAGGACCCAGGUGUCCUGGCCCUGGCUGAGUGCCAGCCUGACACACAGGCGUGUGUUGGGCCUGCCACUCCUCACCAUGUCCUUUGGCGCUUUGACCCACAGCGAGGCAGCUGCAUGACCUUCCCAGCCCUCAAAUGUGAUGGAGCUGCCCGGGGCUUUGAGACCUAUGAGGCAUGCCAACAGGCCUGUGUCCGUGGCCCUGGGGAUGCCUGUGCACUACCUGCGGUUCAGGGCCCCUGCCAGGGCUGGGAGCCACGCUGGGCCUAUAGCCCACUGCUACAGCAGUGCCACCCCUUUGUAUACAGUGGCUGUGAAGGCAACAGCAAUAACUUUGAGAGCCGGGAGAGCUGUGAAGAUGCUUGCCCCGUGCCACGCACACCACCCUGUCGUGCCUGCCGCCUCAAGAGCAAGCUGGCUCUGAGCUUGUGCCGUAGUGAUUUUGCCAUUGUGGGUCGACUCACAGAGGUACUGGAGGAGCCAGAGGCUGCUGGCGGCAUUGCUCGUGUGGCCUUAGAUGAUGUGCUCAAAGAUGACAAGAUGGGCCUCAAGUUCUUGGGCACCAAAUACCUGGAGGUGACACUGAGUGGCAUGGACUGGGCCUGCCCAUGCCCCAAUGUGACAGCUGGUGAUGGGCCACUGGUCAUCAUGGGUGAGGUUCGUGAAGGUGUGGCCAUAUUGGAUGCUAACAGCUAUGUCCGUGCUGCCAGCGAGAAGCGAGUCAAGAAGAUUGCAGAGCUGCUUGAGAAGAAGGCUUGUGAGCUGCUCAACCGCUUCCAAGACUAGCUUUAUCUGUAAUCCCCAUUCCCACCCUCCUUCCUGCUGAAUAAAUGUCUGUGCCUGUGG